AUGACGCAAACGAAUCACUCCCCGAAGAGGUCCCCCAUGGGUGCCGUCAAGGACCACAACCACAAUUCGAGUCCCCUGUCGAGCCUCGUGCAGAACUCCACGCGACGAUCAAACAAGGCCGUCUCCCUGGGCCCGCUCAAUGCCGAUAGAAAGCGAAGGGCGGCGUCGGUGUCCAGCGUGUCGUCCGUCUCGUCGAUUGAAGAGCUGAGUGAUGACGAUGCGAACGGGUCGGAGGAAGAUGCUGACGACGAGGACGAACGACCGGCUGCCCGGGCCCCGUCUUAUGGUCGUCGCGAUAACAGACCCCAUAAGGCGGGGGUCAAAACCACGAAAGGAAAUAAGAAGAGAAGGAUGGCCGGAUACAGCGACGACGAUGAUGCGUAUGACAGCUCCGAUGACAUCUACGCGGCCGUGGACUACAUCAGUGACGGCGAUGACGAUGAAGACCAGGACGUGGAGAAGCUAGAAGAGCUCCUGAUCGUCGAGUCCGAGGAUGAGCAUGAUCUGGGUGGCAUCCUGUCCAACCCCAACGCUGCCGUCUCCGGCGGUGCGGCUGAUGUUCACACCUGGACCGGCCCCAACGUCUUUGACGAUCACAUGCUGCUGGCCGGUGCGUCGUUCUUUGACGACGAACAGCUGUAUGGUGCCAUGGAGACCUUCGGUGAAACCGACAUGGCCAGCGAAACCGCUGUGGAGACGCCGGUGCCCCGUCGGGUGCAUUUCGAAGAGGACUCCGACUCUUCGUCUGACAGUGACUCCCACACGGACGAUGAAAUCCCGGGUGAUUUCUUGCAACAGGACAGCUUGGAUCCCCAGCUGCGUCGUAUGAUUGAAAACGACACCGAGCCCUACCGGCGGCAUCGCCGGCAGUCGGAUGAAAUGUUCGCCGAGUCUGACUACGGUCAUUCUAACAUCUAUCACGUGGAAUCCGACGCCCGCUCGGAAGCGUCCGAGUCGAGCGGCUACGAGACCGAUGACGGUGAAACUACAGAUGAAGACCUCCCUCCUCCGGCCACGAUCACGCAUCCGCGAUCCAUUCUCCGCAGGGACUCUUCUGCUUCCCUGGCCCCGACCGCGGACGAAAAGACGGAGUCUACUUCGCGGCGCCGCGGUCCCAUCAUGGGGACGUUCGUCGCGGACCCCAACAAGCCCGUCGCUUUGGUGGACUGCACCGGCAAGCAUCUCGUGAUCAUCCCGGCGUAUGCCUCCUCCCGUCACGACUGGCUGGAGUCGACCUCCAACAGCAUCUGUGGCACGGCCAACAACAGCCCGCGGGCCACCACGAUGCACUUGGUCGACGAGAGCGACACGGACGCGUUGGUAUCUCCGAACCGCACCGACCUUAGCCCGAUGUUGGCUUCCAGUGCGAACCUGAUGAUGACCGCACUGGGCAAUGAAUUGGCACCUGGCGGCCAAGUGAUGGGUCCUCCCGAAGCAUUCUACCCGUCUCGAGACUUUGCUAUUGACAGCUCGUUCGAGGACGACGACGAGGAGGACCCUGAGGCCGGCCUGAACGUGAAUGACUUUAUUGACUUCGGCGACGGGUCGUCGGACGAGGAGAUGGAUAAGCUCUUCGACGAGGAUGCCUUGGCCUCGCCGACGACGACAGCUGCGCCCUCGGCCGUGGCCCCCAGCGGACCCCCGACCCCCAACCGUGGCGAAAGCCAACAAGCCAGCAGCGCCGAGCGGUUCUUGAACCAUCUAGACCGCGGGAUUGUCACGGCGUUCCGUCGCAACCACAACCGCUACCAGGCACUUCUGCGGUUACCGCAACAUCGAGAGUUCAUGCCGGCCAACUCGCCGUCACGACCUGCCAGCGUGUUCCGGCAUGCAAGACAUGCAGACCAACGCACUCCAACGCGGAAGCGCAAGGCCAACGCCUACACCGGCGGCGAGGCGGUACGACGCAAGUUGAUGGAUGCGCAUCGACGCAGUCAACUCCCAUUCUGA